AUGGAUGAUGUGAGGGUUAAGGAAGUACUAAAAGACUUUGAAGAUGUAUUCUCUGAAGGACAUGGGAAAAUCAAGGGUUAUAAAGCACAAAUUCACGUUCAAGAAGAUGCAAACCCCCAACAUUUUUCUGCGCGCAGGGUUCCAUUUCCCUUGAAAAAACGAAUUGAGAGUGAACUUGCAAGACUUGUCAAUGAGGAUAUCAUUGAAGAGGUAGAUCCUGCUACUACAGCUAUUCCAUGGGCCACUCCAACAGUCAACGUAGAGAAGGACGAUGGUUCAAUAAGAAUUUGUGGAGAUUUUCGAGUCACGUUGAAUCCAAAUUUGGUCCCAGAAAAUGCUAUUAUUCCAACAUUUGAGGAACUAACAAAUAAAGUUGCAGGUGGACAAGAGUUUUCCAAGAUAGACCUACGAGAUGCUUACCUACAAAUGGAGGUUGCAGAAGAACACCGAAAGUAUUUAGUAAUAGCAACGCAUAGUGGUUAUUAUAGAUACAAACGUUUACCUUUUGGGAUAUCAUCCAGCCCAGGUAUUUUCCAGAGAUAUAUGGAAAGACUCUUAGCUGGAAUACCACAGGUUGGAGUUCUUCUGGAUGAUAUUAUAAUAUUUGGAAAGAAUAAGAACGAACAUCUAAGAAAUUUAAGAGAGGUUUUGAAACGAAUGAAAGAAUCUGGUAUAAAAGCAAAAUCUAGCAAAUGCAAAUUUUUUGAAGAGUCAGUAACUUACUUGGGACAUACAAUCAACCGAAAUGAAAUAUAUCCUACUGAAGAAAAAAUAAAAGCCAUACGAGAGGCACGGUCAGAGGUCGGAGAUGGAAUGCUAGCUCUUCAAAAUGUUCUUUUUAGCUACCGAAACUCGCCUCAGAAAACAACCGGUAGGGCUCCGGCAGAAUUGUUUCUCGGUCGUAGACUACCAACACUUUUUGAUAAUAUGAAACCUAAUCUUAGGAAAAAGAUGGAAAUGAAGCUUUGGAAAGAACAAGGGAGAAACAACAAGAAAGUUCGAUCUUUUGAAGAAGGAGAAGAUGUGUGGAUUAAGAAUGAACAUGGAAAUGGUUGGUCAGCUGGAAUGGUGAAAAAUAGAAAUGAACUGUAUUCAUAUGAUGUACUUUGUGGAGGUGUUAUAAAAAGAAAGCAUGCCAACCAGAUGAGACAAAGAAUGGGAGCUGUAGAGUCUGCGUAA